UAUUCCUCAACAUUGGAAUCCUGGGGUCAGUUGAGCAUCCAUGCUCCUAGCCAGGGGCGGACUGACAACUCAUGGGGCCCCCGGGCAAUAGGGGAUCAUGGGGCCCCUGUGCCCUUGCCCAAACCCAAGAAAGCCUAUGAAAAAGGUACAAGGGGCAUCUCAUGGGGCCCCCUACUGACCCCGGGCCCUCGGGCAGUGCCUGAGUUUCCAAAUGGUCAGUCCGCCCCGGCUCGUAGCACA